UGCAGGAACCCCAGGGGAGCAGAAUCCGGGUUUCCUUCUCUCAUGCUUCGGAAAGGGCUUCUUUGGGGGAAGUAGUGGGAGCAGCUUCAGCUGUGUAGCCAAGCAAACGGAGCCUCGCCUGGCAAAGAGGCAGAUGGGGUUUCCAGGCUUCUCUUCACCAGGGCAAAGUGGUUUGCAAGACCUGGCAAACUGCUCAGAGGGAGGUGGCUGUGGAGCCAGACUUCUGCAUCUCUCAGACCUCACCGGAGAAGUUUCUCUGUGUAGUGGGCAAUGGCUGAUGAAGACUCACAACUGGUCAAGGAUAGAGAAGAAGUGUCAGUGCAGUGUGCAGCUACAAAUAUUCAAGGAUCAUUCGAGAAGAAGAGGUGGGAAGAUUCCAGGAGCCAGAGAAAUGACUGGACGCUUCAUGAACUCACAAAACCACAGCUGUGACUGUAUGCAUAGAAUCAAGCCAGACAGCAUUCCAGCUGGUCACAGGGAGGGGCUCAUGAGCCCGGCCACUGAGGGAGGCACUAUUGACAGUUGGUGGCUUCUGAGGGCAGAAGAGUCAGUUUUCUUGAGGAUGUGACCCUGGUUUGAGCCAUCGUCCAGGGGAUGGCCCCACACCAGUGAGUAUGCAGACUGCAUAUAUUGGACAUAUUGGAUUAUUGAAAAACAAAUAAAACAACAAAACCAAAAAAACCAGAAGACACGAAGUUGGAAAAGCAGAGAGGAUAGGGAGUUGGGGGUAAAUCUGGAAGAAGUUGGGGGAAGAAUCGGGGUGAAUAUGAUCAGCGCAAUCCUGUCAUUCUCAAAGAAUUAAUAAAAUAUAUUAAAAU